AUGGCGAUAUCAUCGCAGCCGUUGACAAGGGAGACCGCCAAUCCCAACGCUGCGACCGCCGCCGCAUCGGCCUUUAUGCGACGGGAAACAACGCCAUCUUUGUCAUCAGCAGCAGCCGCAGCCGCUCUCAAAGCUCGACCUACAACACCAACAAAUGUCUCUCAGGUCCAAUCGAAGCGAGUUUCGCGCAGGAGCGCAUCUGUAUCGUCUUCCGGCAGCCGGGAUAGGCGGAGUCGGGAUCUUCAUCGAUCGCCGAGUGCGAAUUCCAUGACAGAGCGGACCUUUCGAUCUCCUUCGCCAUCGCCAGCUAGGAACCCUGCUCCACAGUCCAAUGAUGUUCCUCCGGUCCCCAAGAUUCCUCAAAAUGAGCAAGCCAAAUCCGAUGCAAAGAACCCAACCCGCAAACGGGCAACAAGUUUACAGACGCAGUCUUUUCAAACAGCCAGCCAAAAGAUGAAAAACGGUCAAGGCACAUGGUUUGGAGCAGCUGCAGCUGGGGAUAUGUCCAAUAUGCGACGAGCCACCGUGGUUGAUAAGAGAGCGUCAGUAGAUUUACGUCCCACCAGUCCAAGCUCCAUCAACUUCUCCUAUCCCCGUUCUAUGACUGACUCACCCAGUCAAUCAAACAACGAAAUGGUGUACGAUCCCAAUUCAAGGCGGAUGGUUCCUCAGGUGCAGUUGCUGAUGCAAGAACAAAAUAUCCGAGAUGCAUCCGAGAAACCUGUCCGCAAACAGAAGCAUGAAAGCUCCAGGGCUGGCACCCAUCUUUCCAAGGGGACAUUAGGACGGUUAAAGGGUACAGCAGUCGAACCAGCGUCUCCGCCACUUAAAACGUCCAAACACGUACAAAGUCCGCCAGUCGUUCAUGCGGCCGUUACACAACCUGGACAGGCCAAAGAGGUCAUCCCAGUCAAGUCUGAGCCGGAGCCCGCGCCAGAACCGGAUCUUGAGUUCGAACCAGAUGUCGAGCGUGGGGUAAAGUCUGUAGCAAGGCCCAGCGUGCUUGAGGAGCAAAUGAUGAACGAGUCGGAUCUAGAGUCAGACGAUGAAGCGUCAAGGCAAACAAAUCACAUUGUUGCAAGCCCACCUCGAAUUAACAAGUCUGAAACCUCCGUUAGGAAGCGCCCGUCAAUCGUACAUGAAGAUCGUGAACGGGAGGAGGAAUACGAGCCGGUCACGACGACUAUGUCCCAGGAACGCCCAGUGGAUGAAGUCGAUGCGAUACCUGUCAAGUCUACUACUCCGCCCCAAACGCAGCCAUCGGUUCUGGUGGAUCAUCACAACGAAAGCGUGCGUCGCACUCGUGUACACUCUGAAAGCCCUGCCCGUAGUCCCGGUCGCACAACACACUUUGCGCCCAAAGCCGAUCAACUACUCGUCAGGCACGAGCCACCUCCACGAUCAUUGUCACCUCGAAAAUCUGCUCUCAAAUAUUCAAGCCCUCGUGACGCGUCUCCUUCAGAAGAUGGCUCAGACGCAUCCGUUGCAUGGUCAGGCAUGACUCGAGAAGAUUCAGAUAUUUCACGAAAGAAAAGUGUGCGGGUUAGUUUUGAUGAUGGAAACACAGCAAUUAUGGGCGAGGCUACGCCGGCAUCUGAUACGGAUUCGCCACGGUUAGCCAGUCCUCAGUCUAAGAAGCCUUGGCACAGCAUCAUCGGACGGAAUAAGAGAGACUCGAUAACUUUGGACGAAGACGAAACAAUGACCCCCCGUCCUGCUCUCCCUUCUUUUGGAAGUGUUCGUGAGAAGAAGGUCAGAGAACCCGAGGAACGACCCCUGGUUCGGCCCACGGACAGAUCAGCAUCACCACCAGUUGCUUCAUCUUCAUACCCUGCGGCUGAUCAGUCAACUACACAGGAUUUGGCUCAGUCCAGUGAUCAUGCUAUUGGCUCUAUCUUGUCACAAGAAGAAGCCUCUCGCAAUGAAGCCAACACCUCCAGAUACCGAGAGCCACUGCCUCCUGUAGUCACCUCUGUUGACGGCCAGGGAUAUAUUAGUAACAGCGACUUGGAAUCCGAUAUUGAAUCAGACAUCGGAAACUUAGAGACUCAGACAUCCACAGGCCACGGGCUUGAAACACAAACCACAGUCAGUGAUACAACUGGCGGAGUUGAGAGUGGUUCGGCAAAAUCUAGUCCCAGUGACAACAUACCGACGAUUUCAAUCAUACAUCCUAGUCCGCGUAUCCCAGAUGAAAACCAGUCAGACUCGCCUUCAGACUUCUUUGAUGUCCCUGGAGAUUUUCCUGCAGAAACUGACGCUAGUAACAACAAGAAGGGAAUAUCCGAUGAGAGUAAAGAGCCGGCACAAAUUGCGACUCGACGAUCCUUCGAGUCAAACAGUGCAGUAUCCUCAAACUCCCAGAUGCAUGAUAUCCAAGAAGAGUCAGAAGAAUCCGAUGGGAGCAGCAUCUACAGUGACGCUUAUGAGGACCUGUCCGAUAUGGAGGGUGACGGCUUCUUAUCGCUCGAUGCAGUUGUGGAUAGCCCCGUUGAGCCCACUGUUCCCCAAAAGGUAUUAGAAAGGGCAAUGGCCAAAUCUCAAGAGGCCGACAAGUCUCGGCAGUCUACGCCUGUAAAAAGCACCCCUCAGUUGCCUCUUCAGUCACCCAGUGACUGGCAGACUGCAAAGGCGUAUUGGAGGAGUCUAAGCCCGGAGGGUAGACGCCAGCUUGAAAAAGAGGCUAUGGAGGAUUCUGACGAAGAACCCAUCCCAGAAGAAACAGUGCGUCGACCAAAGCACAAGACUACAAGUCACACCAAGGCAAAGGGUGUGAAGGAACCAGUCCGAGAACCCGUGGAAGAAGCCGAAGUUCCAGAAAAGCAUCGCGAUACGAAACGAAUCUAUCAAAUUCAACCAGGCACGAGCUGGCCCCGCGAUGAUGUUGAAAAGCGUCGGGAACAUACUUCCACUUCCAACAACGCAACACCAAACGGGGGAGGCAAGCUCCGCAAGUCUAUGCGAGGUUCUGCGGCCCCAGCAGUCGAUAGUUCAAGACCAGCUCAGGAUGGCAGCAUGCGUAAAUCUAUGAGAUCUGGCGCUGCUCCCUCGAGCCCGCAGCAUUCGCACGACGGCCAUCUACGCAAGUCUCUUCGUCAAGAGCCUGAGGCUAGUACCACUCCGAACACUGGGAUGCGUAAAUCGCUUAGAGCAAACGGCUCUACGGCUAAUGGACACAACAUGUCCCCAACUCCAAAGGGUGCUCGGCCUACAUCUUAUCAACCAGCAACCGCAUCCGAGACGGUUAAAACCAAACGUCGCACACAUUCUGAAGACAGGGGACCUACUAUGCGAGGUGCCACGAAUCCAGCCCCGACACGCCGAGGAUCUGACUCCAGCGAAAGCAGUUUCCGACGUGCAAAGAUGGGAGGUGGGGAAGGUCUUGGCUUCCGUAAGACGAUGAGAGGAAGCGUUCGAGAACCAGCGCCAGCGGCAUCACCAGCUCAAGAAAUUCCCCGUGGAAGUAGUCGAUUCAGCCUUCGGUCGCUAUCUCCUACCGGGUUCCGACGCAACUCUAACACAAGUUCACCUCCGCCUGUUGCGAUGGGUGGUCGUAUGCGACAAUCCCUGCGCUCCGAAUCGUCUGAAGCUGAGUCUUCUCGCAAGCGUCUUUCUGGAUUUGGCCGUUCAGCCAAAGCUAAGAAAUCAAAAGGCGGGAGUCGUUUCGAAGAUUCAAGCGACGAAGAUGAGACGCGCCCAUCUUUCCGUAGUCGUUUUGCCGAUUCCAGUGACGAGGACGUUCCUUCGCCCAUGCCCAAGCAAAAGCGUGUACCGAAAACACUGCGAGACUCGACUUCAAAUGAUGCCGCCGCUGCCGCCAUGAAAGCCCCUCCUUCUCGUGCUGGUAUUCAAGAUUCCCCUGACCUACCAGACAGUGACGACGACGAAGAAGAGCAAACACAGCAGAGAAUUACUUCCAAUGGUGCAGCUUCUCGAUCUGCUCCAGUAUUGAACCGCAACGGCUCAGGGCGAGGCAAUUUCGGCGUCCAGAAUGAAAUUAUCGAGAAAACAGGGGAACGGCCAGGCCACAAGCGACGAGGCAGCUUUAUGUCGUCAAUUCUGCGGCGCAAAAGGGACCCCUCUGAUAAGGUUUCUCGCAACAAAAGUGAGAGCGCAUCCCGCAAGGAUACCCAUCUGGAGCGUGCCCCGGAGCGUCUUGCUGUUAUUCGAAGCAACAGUGAAGGAGCUGCCCAUAACUCACGCCUGCAGAAACGUGGGGCGAAUUGGCCUCUCAAAGACCAUGAGCACGCUCACGAAGAGGAGGACCAUUUUGAUGAAGGCUCCCAGAACACAUACGUCGUCGAUGAGGAGAAAAGGCCAUCUACUGCUGGCGGUCUUGGCUCAUCUCCAUCUUCUCCGACAAACAAAACAGGCUUCCUCAAGCGUCGCAGUACUUCUCAUAGUCAAAUGCGCUCCCAUGCCAUGUCGACUGAUGGUUCAGAGGUCGGCACGCCAAAGAAGAAGAAGUUUGGAGCACUACGAAGAAUGUUCAAGCUUGACGAGUGA